AUUCAUAAACUAACAUGAGCGAUACAGAUAAAAACAUAAAGGGAUCGAAGAAGGACUCUCCCACCAGUCUUCACGGAUCCUUCCUUGUAGACUACAAAAAGCAGAAGAAGUUUCAGGACAACUCCAUCGUGUACAUCAAUGGAGGAAAAUACAUGCUGAAAUAAGGUUGAAGAUAGCAGUAAGUCGUGUAUAAUAAUCGACCUCUCUCACCAUUUAUUGUAUAAUCAAAUUUUACAUUUUUGGAAAAAGUAUUUUCACUAGCCACAAAAAGGGAUUCACAAAUAUCUAAGCCUCAUACAUCGAAUAUAUCAAACUGAAUAGGAUUAAUAGCGUUGCCAGGGUUAGAGGUAUUGAACGUCUGAAAUAUAGUUUGUCAGAUCACCAUUUUAUGUCACUUCAGUACCUGAACAUUUCUUAAUCCUGAUCUUAGAUCUCUUACUGUCUUGACUUGAUUCUCUUUCAAAUUCUUGGUUACAUAAUAUUCAUAACUUGUUCCUAAUUAUAAAUAAUAAUCUAUUAGCUUAUUAGUUAGCCAUUUUGGCAGAUAUUUCUUUGUAUUAGUGAGAGUAGUAGGAGCAGAAUCUUUGGGCGAAGCACAAACGUUUCUCAUCAAAAGUCACAUAUACUUUGCUUCUACCAAUGUUUAAAUGAUAUCGAAUAGAGCGUUAGAAAAUCGUGUAGGAAUUGUAAGUCUCUUUUAUCAUAAGUUUAAAAAGUUGAUUUUAUAUCAGUCUCAUUGGACUGAAUCAUCCAGAGCUUAAAAGUACUUAAAAUCACCAAUUUGAUCGAAAUUAGUAACAUCUCUCAUACAUUAAAACUUUUUGAGAACCAGCGGUUUGAUAUUUAACAGAUAAAAAAAUCUGGAUUACUAUUAGAUCAAACAGUCUGCGCAGUUUUAAUCCUAGAGUAAAUUAACCUCCUAAAGUAGUGAAGAAGCCGCUGGCUUGAGUAAGGGUAAAGAAUACUCUGUGUUGUGGUAAUAACAACAGAAUAACCCAUUUCUUAGAAAGUUGACUGGUAUAGUUAAUGAAGCCUCUUACUUUUUGUCAAUUUGAAAUGUGGAAUAUUGGUCUUUGAAUUCAAAGUUCUACUAAGAAUCCAAUUAUGAUCCUUAAAUACACAAUAAUUUAGUGAAGGAGAACAAUUGGUUUAUAGAAUUAAGGAAAAUGUAGGAUCAUAAAAAGUAACUGUGGAAGCUGGAUGAGAGAGAGGAAUUUUUCCGAUUUUCGACUCUUUCCAUCUAUUGUAUCAUAAGGCGGCCGUCAAGGGUCUUUUCGGGAAAUUUUGGAUUUGCUUUGGUCAUAUUUGGCUUCUCUUCACUCUCAAUUUUCAUUGUCCCACAAGUAGAUAAAGCUCUAAAAGGACUCAACCCUUCCUAAAACAGAUAUUUUUAGUACUCGUCUCCUUGAGUUCUUCCAGGAUAUUGGAAGAACUACCAAAAGAGAAGGAAAACCGAGAUUAGAGAGUAAAUGGAGAGUUAUUCCCUUAUCCCUACUACUACCAAUAUUUCGUCAAUAUUAUGA